AUCACCUGAAUAUUUCAUAAAUAAAUAAGAAACUAAUACGAGUAAUAAUAUGUUUAAAUCAUAUUUAACUUUUAUAUUUUUACUCUUCUUAAUGAAAGUCAAUGGUUAUUAUGAAUUGCAUCAAGUAAGAAAUUGUGACCAUGAAAAUUGUUUUGAAUGUGAUAUUGAAUUUAAAGUUUACGAUAAUGGUGCAUUACAAGUUAAUUUUAAAAAUCCAAAUGGAUUUGAAGUAGCUGGUUUUCAUGGUAAUGUUAACCGUGGAAUUCAAUUUGGUGAAAUCGGCGAUAUUAAUUUUGAUUUAAAUAAAUCGAAACGGAGUAACAUAUGGAAAUAUACAAUUAGAAAUGCCUUUUUAGAACGUUAUAAUGAAAUACGAUAUUGGGUUUAUAUACAAAAGAAUGGACAACAAAUAUUUUGUGAUAGAUUAAAAACGAGAAUUGAAGAAAUAGAUCCAUCACCAUUUGCUAAAGUAACACAAACAACACAAAAUCAAUCAGUACAAAAUAAUUUAAAUAAUCAUUGUCCACCAUGUAAUUGUCAAGGAAAAUCAACAGGACAUGCAACAGCAAGUGCAACUGCAACAGCUACAAUGAAUAUUAAUGUACAUAAUAGACAACCAGUAUCAAAUACAGUUAAUAGACCAAUAACACCAGCAACUGGACGUCCACAUGCAAUAUCACCAACAGCACCAGCAUGUAAUCCACCACCUGCCCAAACAACAGAUAGUUUAUGUGAUGUUGUUGAUCUUAUUAGUACAAUAACAAAAUUAGAAAAUGCUCAAGCAACUAUUGAAAGUUUAAUGGAAGUUAUUGAACAACUUAAAGGUGAAAGUCAAGCAAAUGGUGUUAAAGGAUUAAAAUUAUUUUAUCAAAUGUCUAAACCACCAUUGCCUCAUCAAGAUCCUGUUAAUUUAAUAAAAUCUGUAAUUGUUGAUAAUCUUGAUAUGAUUGAUCUGGAAAAUGAAAUUGCUCAAGCAUCAUUUAUUGAUGGUGGAAUUUUAUUUGAAGUUAAAAAAACUAUUGAUAAAAUGAGAAUUUUAUAUAGAGCAAAGCAAAUGUUAGCAAAUUCAAAAAAUAAAAUUAUUGAUCCAGAAAUUUCAAAUAAUAAUAAUAAUGGUGUUAAUAUUGCACCAAAUAUUUUGUCAACAACAACAAAAAAAUAUGAUAAUUUUAAUGAAUUGGCUAAUAAUGUUUUUGGUUCAUCGAGUACAACUGAACCAUCAUCAAAUUCUGAUAUUGAUGAAUCAUUUUGGAGAAGUGAUGAUACUGGUAUUAGAGUACCAACCAAAGUUAAAAAUGUUUAGUUUAGUGUAUAAUCAGUUUAAUGAGAAUAUUUUUGUUUAAAUAAAACAGUUUUUUUAUUUUA